CCCAAGAUGGCGUCCCCCAAGCACAAAACCAAGAAGAAACCGCCCAAAGACAGCAUGACCCUCCUGCCGUGCUUUUAUUUCGUAGAGCUUCCCAUCGUGCUGUCGUCCCUGGUGUCCUUGUACUUCCUGGAGCUGACAGAUGUGUUGUCCCCGGCGAUGGUGGGCUUCCGUUGCUAUGACCGCGACCUCUCCAUGCCCUACGUGGAGGCGGGCGACGAGCUCAUACCUCUACUCAUGCUCCUCAGCUUGGCCUUCGCCGGACCGGCCGCUUCGAUCAUGGUCGGGGAGGGGGUCAUGUACUGUAUGCAGUCCAGACUCAAGUCCUGUCCCAAGUCCGAGAGCAGCAUCAACGCUGGAGGCUGCAGCUUCAACUCGUUUCUGAGGAGAACGGUUCGAUUUGUAGGUGUGCAUGUGUUCGGUCUCCUGGCGACGGCCCUGGUGACAGAUGUCAUCCAGUUGGCCACCGGGUACCACGCCCCUUUCUUCCUCACCGUGUGUCAGCCCAAUUACACGGCUCCGGGCGUGUCAUGUGACAACAACGCCUACGUGACACAGGACAUCUGCAUGGGCAAGGACCUGUACGCCAUCAUGUCCGCCAGGAAAACCUUCCCGUCCCAGCAUGCGACACUGUCGGGCUUUGCUGCUGUCUAUAUCUCCAUGUACUUCAAUGCCAGCAUCAGCAGCACCACUAAGCUCCUGAAGCCGUUGCUGGUGUUUGGGUUCUGCAUGGCGGCGGGGCUGGCCGGGCUGACGCAGAUCACGCAGCACCGCAGUCACCCCAUCGACGUUUAUGUGGGGUACCUCAUCGGAGCGGGCAUUGGAGUUUAUCUGGCAGUGUAUGCAGUGGGGAACUUUAAAGCCUCAGAGGAGGACGCUCCGUGUGUCUCCCGACUGUCCCUGUCCCAGCAGAAGGACCUUCGGGUGCUGAGUCAGCGCGGGCAUGACUCCCUGUACAGAAAGACCCCGCGGGCGUCUGAGAGCAGAGAGGAGCUGGGGGCCGGGCUCGGGGCCGGGGGCCGCAGUAAAGUCCGCAGAGAGAAGGCGUCUUUGGCCUCUCUGAAAAGGGCCAGUGCUGACGUGGAGCUACUGGCCACCAGGGGGCCCAUGGGAAAGGAAACCAUGGUGACAUUCAGUAACACCUUACCCCGAGUUGCCAAUGGCAACAGCCCCAUCUCACCUUCAGAUGAGCCAAUCCCUACACAGCGUCACAUGACCUUCCACGUGCCCUAUGACUCCCAGAGGUCACGGCAGCUUGUGUCGGAGUGGAAGCAGAGGUCCCUGGAGCUGCGGAGUCAGAGCUCUCGAGAGGACGAGGAUGGUCCUGACAGAACUGAUGGUGAUGAAGGAGCAGCAGGAGACUCCGAACAGGCCAUGCCCUCCUCCCUCUACCCCACAGUACAAGCUAAAGGCAGCGCCACUCCAACACCUCCCCGCGUCGCCAUGGCUCCACCAUUGGUCCACAUCCCUGAAGAGGCCACUCGGCCACCUCCCGUCUCUCCAAAGAGCGCUAAGACACGAGCGAAGUGGCUGUCGCUCCAGGAGGGGGGAGGGGGGAAGGAGCCAAGCCCCGGGCCCAUUGCUGUCUCCACUCCCAGAGUCCCCAACACCCAGCCCAGCCAGCCGCCCAGCCAGCAGCGAGUCACGCAGGUCAUAGCGAUGUCCAAACAGCAGGGCUCUGAGGGCUCCUCAUCUGGAGGUGGUUCUUCCUGCUCGGAGUCUCCGUACUACCGCAUCCCCUCGGACCGGGACAGCUGCAGUGGGAGUAACCCGGGGAGCAUCGCCGGGAGUGGGAGCAUUGUCACCAUAGACGCCCACGCCCCCCAUCACCCCGUUGUCCGAGUGUCCGCCCCAAAUGGGAAGCCCUGGGAGUGGAGGAACACCAUCAGCGGCAACAUGAUCAGCACCGACCCGUCUGGAGACAAGCACCGUGGAGCUCUGCAGCGCCAGGACAACGUGGGCCAGUAUCGGGAUUACAGGACGCUCCCAGUCAAAACGGACUCCCACCCCUCCUCCACCGGGGGCAGUGUAGAGGCCCCACCUGAACCUCCGGCGUUACCUACCUCUCCUUCUCCUCUACCUCCCCCUCCUCAGCUGUCGUCCUCCCCGCUCCCUCCUCCUCCCUCUCCAUCGCCAAUACCCCCACCACCCCCUCAUUCCGGCUCCUCCCACAUGCCCCCUCCACCACCCCACUCUACCUCCACCCACAUGCCACCGCCUCCUCACCCUAGCUCCGCCCAUUUGCCCCCGCCCCAUCACUCAAGCUCGUCCCACAGCCCUACCCCACCCCACUCUAGCUCCUCCCAUAUGCCUCCCCCACCACAUCAUAGCUCCACACACUCACACCCAAGCUCCUCCCACAGCCCUACCCCGCCCCACUCAAGCUCCUCCCACAUGCCUCCUCCUCCUCACCCGUCCUCCCAAAUGCCCCCGCCCCCUCACCCCUCCACCCUUUUGCCCCCUCCGCCUCACCCUGACCUGCUCAUGGACAGCCACAGCCAGGCGAUGUCCCGCUCCUCCACGUUGCCACGGCGACCGUCCGGCUCUGCUCGAAGCCACACGGAGCAAGAACACUACUACAAGACGCUGCAGAACGAGCGGAUGUUAUAG